GCGCCAGCGCCUGCUGUGGGAUCAUUUUCCUCCAGUCUGGGGCACAGUUGCCAUUCAGUGCCUUGAAGGUUAAAUGCUCUGGGGGAUAUUUUUAAACAGCAGGGGCUGGUUAAUCUAAAAGUGACAUUUACAGACACAGCGGUGAGCUGCCAGCAGCUUGGAUCCGGGCCUUGGCCAACAAGGAGCUUGAAAAAUUGUCACCGCGAAUAUACAGCUAGGAAGCUAUGGGGAAAGCAAGGCCGAGGUGCUAACACAGUUGUCUGAAUGGUCUUGCUUCUCUUCCUAACCUGCCUGGUUUUCUCCUGCCUGACCUUUUCCUGGUUAAAAAUCUGGGGGACAAUGACAGACUCCAAGCCACCUACCCAAAGUGAGGCGAAAGCGAGCCUCUUUUCAAGUGAGGAGACCUUUCCAGACUCAGACAGGUCAGGGGAGCCACUGCAAACACAGGACGACUGCAGCUCUCUGCCAAAGACUCCUGACCAGGAGGAGCCAGCCUCCCAUGGAGGUCCCAAAGAUGCCAGUUGGCAGGAGAACGCCCUGCCACCCUCACAUCGGAAGCCUCCAAGGAACCCUCUGUCUUCCAGUGACAGCUGGCCCUCCCCAGAACUCCAAACUAACGGGAUAGCAGCCCAGGGCCCAGAGGUCCCAGAUACCAAAGGUUUAUCCUUCCCAGCCAGGCCUCCAGGCCAGCAAGCCAAAUCCCCCUCCAGAGAGGACAAGAAGCAGGCGCAUAUCAAGAGACAGCUGAUGACCAACUUUAUCCUGGGCUCCUUCGAUGACAAUUCCUCUGAUGAGGACUCCAGCGCUGCCUCCUUUAGGGAUUCUCCUCGGAAGGGUAGCAGGCCCAGCCUGGGCACCCUGUCCCUGGAGGCUGUACUAAACUCAAGUGACCCUGAGUCCCACGCACCUACUAUGAGGCCCAGCAUGUCUGGACUCCACCUCGUGAAGAGAGGCCGCGAACACAAGAAACUGGACCUGCAUAGAGAUUUCACUGUAGCGUCCCCAGCCGAGUUUGUCACCCGCUUUGGAGGCAAUAGGGUCAUCGAGAAGGUGCUCAUCGCCAACAACGGCAUCGCUGCGGUCAAGUGUAUGCGCUCCAUCCGCCGCUGGGCCUAUGAGAUGUUCCGGAAUGAGCGUGCCAUCCGGUUUGUGGUCAUGGUGACCCCUGAGGACCUUAAGGCCAACGCAGAGUACAUCAAAAUGGCGGAUCAGUAUGUUCCUGUCCCAGGAGGGUCCAAUAACAACAACUACGCCAACGUGGAGCUGAUCAUAGACAUCGCAAAGAGAAUUCCUGUGCAGGCCGUGUGGGCUGGCUGGGGCCACGCUUCAGAAAACCCCAAACUUCCGGAGCUGCUGUGCAAGCAUGAGAUUGCUUUCCUAGGUCCCCCUAGUGAGGCCAUGUGGGCUCUGGGAGAUAAGAUUGCCUCCACCAUCGUAGCCCAGACAUUGCAGAUCCCAACUCUACCCUGGAGCGGAAGCGGUCUCACAGUGGAGUGGACGGAGGACAGCCGGCAGCAGGGCAAAUGCAUCAGUGUCCCGGAAGAUGUGUACGAACGAGGCUGUGUGAAGGAUGUGGAUGAAGGCUUGGAGGCGGCCAAAAAGGUUGGAUUCCCACUGAUGAUCAAAGCCUCCGAAGGCGGCGGAGGGAAAGGCAUCCGCAAGGCUGAGUGCGAGGAGGACUUCCCGAUGCUCUUCAGACAAGUGCAGAGUGAGAUCCCAGGCUCGCCUAUCUUUCUCAUGAAGCUGGCCCAGAAUGCACGGCACCUGGAGGUCCAGGUCUUGGCAGAUCAGUAUGGAAAUGCGGUGUCACUGUUUGGACGAGACUGCUCCAUCCAGAGGCGGCACCAGAAGAUUAUCGAGGAGGCGCCAGCCACCAUCGCCGCUCCAGCUGUGUUUGAGUUCAUGGAACAGUGUGCUGUCCUCCUGGCCAAGACGGUGGGUUACGUGAGUGCUGGGACGGUGGAAUACCUGUACAGCCAGGACGGCAGCUUCCACUUCUUGGAGCUGAACCCCCGCCUGCAGGUGGAGCACCCCUGCACAGAAAUGAUUGCAGACGUCAACCUGCCUGCUGCACAGCUGCAGAUCGCCAUGGGUGUGCCCCUGCACAGGCUGAAGGACAUACGGCUUCUGUAUGGAGAAUCCCCCUGGGGAAUGGCCCCCAUUUCUUUUGAGAACCCUCUGAGCCCUCCCAGUGCCCGAGGUCACGUCAUUGCGGCCAGGAUCACCAGUGAAAACCCGGAUGAGGGUUUUAAGCCAAGCUCCGGCACAGUCCAGGAACUGAAUUUCCGCAGCAACAAGAAUGUGUGGGGCUACUUCAGUGUAGCGGCUACUGGAGGCUUACAUGAGUUCGCAGAUUCCCAGUUUGGGCACUGCUUCUCCUGGGGCGAGAACCGGGAAGAGGCCAUUUCCAACAUGGUAGUGGCUUUAAAGGAAUUGUCCAUCCGAGGUGACUUCCGGACCACUGUGGAAUAUCUUGUGAACCUUCUGGAGACUGAGAGCUUCCAGAACAACGACAUCGACACGGGGUGGCUGGACUACCUCAUCGCUGAGCGGGUGCAGGCAGAGAAGCCGGACAUCAUGCUCGGGGUGGUGUGUGGGGCCUUGAACGUGGCAGAUGCAAUGUUCAGAACCUGCAUGACGGAUUUCUUGCACUCCCUGGAAAGGGGCCAGGUCCUCCCAGCUGAUUCUCUGUUGAACAUUGUGGACGUUGAGUUGAUUUACGGAGGUGUCAAGUACGUUCUCAAGGUGGCCCGGCAGUCCCUGACUAUAUUUGUUCUCAUCAUGAACAACUGCCACAUCGAGAUUGAUGUCCACCGGCUGAACGAUGGGGGGCUGCUCCUGUCCUACAAUGGCAGCAGUUACACUACAUACAUGAAGGAAGAGGUGGACAGUUACCGAAUCACUAUCGGCAACAAGACCUGCGUGUUUGAAAAGGAGAAUGACCCCACAGUCCUGAGAUCCCCCUCGGCUGGGAAGCUGACACAGUACACGGUAGAGGAUGGAGACCACGUGGAAGCUGGGAGCAGCUACGCUGAGAUGGAGGUGAUGAAGAUGAUCAUGGCCCUGAGAGUGCAGGAGAGUGGCCGGGUGAGGUAUGUCAAGCGCCCAGGGGUCGUGCUGGAGGCUGGCUGCGUGGUGGCGAGGCUGGAACUCGAUGACGCCUCAAAAGUGCAUGCAGCGCAGCCAUUCACAGGGGAGCUCCCUGCGCAGCAGACCCUGCCCAUCCUUGGGGAGAAGCUGCACCAGGUGUUCCACAGUGUCUUGGAAAAUCUGACCAAUGUCAUGAGUGGCUACUGCCUGCCCGAGCCUUUCUUCAGCACAAAGCUGAAGGACUGGGUCCAGAAGCUCAUGAUGACGCUCCGGCACCCAUCCCUGCCUCUCCUGGAGCUGCAGGAGAUCAUGACCAGCGUGGCAGGUCGCAUCCCAGCACCCGUGGAGAAGGCGGUCCGCAGGGUGAUGGCCCAGUACGCCAGCAACAUCACUUCAGUGUUAUGCCAGUUCCCCAGCCAACAGAUAGCCACCAUCCUGGACUGCCACGCUGCCACCCUGCAACGUAAGGCGGAUCGUGAAGUUUUCUUCAUGAACACACAGAGCAUCGUACAGCUGGUCCAGAGGUACCGCAGCGGGACCCGUGGCUACAUGAAGACGGUGGUGCUGGACCUCCUGCGGAGGUAUCUGAGUGUGGAGCAUUAUUUCCAACAAGCCCACUAUGACAAGUGCGUCAUCAACCUGAGAGAGCAGUUCAAGCCGGACAUGAGCCAGGUGCUGGACUGCAUCUUCUCCCAUGCACAAGUGGCCAAGAAGAACCAGCUGGUGAUCAUGCUGAUAGAUGAGCUCUGUGGUCCAGACCCUGCCCUGUCAGAUGAGCUGACCUCCAUCCUCAACGAGCUCACACAGCUGAGCAGGAGUGAGCACUGCAAGGUGGCCCUCAGAGCCAGGCAGGUCCUGAUUGCCUCCCACCUCCCCUCCUAUGAGCUGCGGCACAACCAGGUGGAAUCCAUCUUCCUGUCUGCCAUCGACAUGUAUGGCCACCAGUUCUGCCCAGAAAACCUCAAGAAAUUAAUACUUUCAGAAACAACUAUAUUUGACGUCCUGCCAACUUUCUUCUACCAUGAAAACAAGGUCGUCUGUAUGGCGUCACUGGAGGUUUAUGUGCGGAGAGGCUACAUCGCCUACGAGUUAAACAGCCUACAGCACCGGGAGCUCCCAGACGGCACCUGCGUGGUGGAGUUCCAGUUCAUGCUGCCGUCUUCCCACCCCAACCGGAUGACCAUGCCCAUCAGCAUCUCUAACCCUGACCUGCUCAGGCACAGCACAGAACUCUUCAUGGACAGUGGCUUCUCCCCGCUGUGCCAGCGCAUGGGGGCCAUGGUCGCCUUCAGGAAAUUUGAAGAGUUCACCAGGAACUUUGAUGAAGUCAUCUCCUGCUUUGCCAACGUGCCUACGGAUGCCCCCCUCUUCAGUAAGGCCCGCACCUCCCUGUACGCUGACGAUGAUGCCAAGAACCAUCGAGAGGAACCCAUCCAUAUCCUGAAUGUGGCCAUCCAAUGCGCCGACCACCUGGAGGAUGAGGCGCUGGUGCCAAUUUUCCGUACCUUUGUGCAGUCCAAGAAACACAUCCUUGUGGAUUACGGACUCCGAAGAAUCACAUUCCUUGUUGCCCAAGAGAGAGAGUUUCCCAAGUUCUUCACGUUCAGAGCAAGAGAUGAGUUUGCAGAAGACCGGAUUUACCGCCACCUGGAGCCCGCCCUGGCUUUCCAGCUGGAGUUGAGCCGGAUGCGUAACUUCGACCUGACCGCUGUGCCCUGUGCCAACCAUAAGAUGUAUCUUUACCUUGGUGCUGCCAAGGUGAGGGAGGGGCUGGAGGUGACCGACCACAGGUUCUUCAUCCGUGCUAUCAUUCGGCACUCGGACCUGAUCACCAAGGAAGCCUCCUUCGAGUACCUGCAGAAUGAAGGCGAGCGGCUGCUCCUGGAAGCCAUGGACGAGCUGGAGGUGGCGUUCAACAACACCAGCGUGCGCACCGACUGCAACCACAUCUUCCUCAACUUCGUGCCCACUGUCAUCAUGGACCCCCUCAAGAUUGAGGAGUCAGUGCGUGCCAUGGUCAUGCGCUACGGCAGCCGGCUGUGGAAGCUCCGUGUGCUGCAGGCGGAGGUCAAGAUCAACAUCCGUGAAACGACCACAGGCAGCGCCAUCCCCAUCCGCCUGUUCAUCACCAACGAGUCCGGCUAUUACCUGGACAUCAGCGUCUACAAAGAAGUGACUGACUCCAGAUCUGGAAAUAUCAUGUUUCAGUCCUUUGGCAACAAGCAAGGAAGCCUGCAUGGGAUGCUGAUCAACACGCCCUAUGUCACCAAGGACCUGCUCCAGGCCAAGCGAUUCCAGGCGCAGUCCCUGGGGACCACCUACGUGUACGACUUCCCGGAGAUGUUCAGGCAGGCUCUCUUUAAACUGUGGGGUUCCCCAGAAAAGUACCCCAAAGAUAUCCUAACAUACACAGAGCUGGUGUUGGACUCCCAGGGACAGCUGGUGGAGAGGAACCGGCUUCCUGGUGGGAAUGAGAUAGGCAUGGUGGCUUUCAAAAUGAGGUUUAAGACUCCAGAGUAUCCAGAAGGGCGGGAUGUCAUUGUCAUCAGCAACGAUAUCACCUUCCAAAUCGGCUCUUUCGGCAUAGAGGAGGACUUCCUGUAUCUGCGGGCGUCUGAGAUGGCCCGGGCAGAGGGCAUCCCAAAAAUCUUCCUGGCAGCCAACAGCGGGGCCCGUAUGGGCCUGGCUGAGGAGAUCAAGCAGAUAUUCCAAGUGGCUUGGGUGGACCCGGAAGAUCCCCACAAAGGAUUUAGAUACCUGUACCUGAAGCCCCAAGACUACACUCAGAUCAGCUCCCACAAUGCUGUGCACUGCAAGCACAUUGAGGAUGGAGGUGAAUCCAGAUAUGUCAUCGUGGAUGUCAUAGGGAAAAGUGGCAACCUGGGCGUGGAGAACCUGAGGGGCUCGGGCAUGAUAGCAGGAGAGGCCUCCCUGGCUUAUGAAAAAAUUGUCACCAUCAGCAUGGUGACCUGCCGUGCCCUCGGAAUCGGGGCCUACUUGGUGAGGCUUGGCCAGCGGGUGAUCCAAGUGGAGAACUCACAUAUCAUCCUCACUGGAGCCAGUGCUCUCAAUAAGGUCCUCGGAAGAGAAGUCUACACGUCCAACAACCAGCUGGGGGGUGUGCAGAUCAUGCAUAUGAAUGGGGUCUCCCACGUCACUGUGCCAGAUGACUUCGAGGGAAUCUGCACCAUUCUGGAAUGGUUAUCAUACAUACCAAAGGACAAUCACAGCCCGGUCCCAAUCAUCACUCCUACGGACCCCAUCGACAGGGAAAUUGAAUUCGUCCCCUCCAAAGCUCCCUACGACCCCAGGUGGCUGCUUGCAGGGAGGCCUCACCCAACUCUGAAGGGCUCCUGGCAGAGCGGAUUCUUCGAUCAUGGCAGUUUCACGGAAAUCAUGGCACCCUGGGCUCAGACUGUGGUGACCGGACGAGCGAGGUUGGGGGGCAUCCCUUUGGGGGUGAUUGCCGUGGAGACUCGGACAGUGGAGGUGGCUGUCCCUGCUGACCCUGCCAACCUGGAUUCCGAGGCCAAGAUCAUCCAGCAGGCAGGCCAGGUGUGGUUCCCGGACUCUGCCUACAAGACCGCACAGGUCAUAAGGGACUUCAACCAGGAGCACCUACCCCUCAUGAUCUUUGCCAACUGGAGAGGCUUCUCCGGUGGCAUGAAGGACAUGUAUGAACAGAUGCUGAAGUUUGGAGCCUACAUCGUGGAUGGCCUCCGGAAGUACAAGCAACCAAUUCUCAUCUACAUCCCACCCUAUGCCGAGCUCCGUGGGGGUUCGUGGGUUGUCCUGGACUCCACCAUCAAUCCCCUGUGCAUAGAGAUGUACGCUGACAAGGAGAGCAGGGGGGGCGUUCUGGAGCCGGAGGGCACUGUGGAGAUUAAGUUCCGCAAGAAAGAUCUGGUGAAGACUAUGAGACGGUUAGACCCAGUGUGCAAGAAGCUCGUGGGACAGCUAGGGACAGCCCAGCUCCCUGACAAGGACCGCAAGGAGCUGGAGGGACAGCUGAAGGCCCGAGAGGACCUGCUGCUCCCCAUCUACCACCAGGUGGCAGUGCAAUUCGCUGACCUGCAUGACACACCAGGCCACAUGCUGGAGAAGGGAAUCAUCUUGGACGUGCUGGAGUGGAAGACCGCACGCACCUUCUUCUACUGGAGGUUGCGCCGGCUGUUGCUGGAAGCCCAGGUCAAACAGGAGAUUCUCCAAGCCAGCCCCGAGCUGAGCCACGAGCACACACAGUCCAUGCUGCGACGCUGGUUUUUGGAGACCGAGGGCCCCGUCAAGGCCUACCUGUGGGACAGCAACCAGGUGGUGGUCCAGUGGCUGGAACAGCACUGGUCAACUGGGGACAGCCUGCGCUCCACCAUCCGUGAGAACAUCAAUUACCUGAAACGGGACUCCGUCCUCAAGAACAUGCAAAGUCUGGUUCAGGGGAACCCAGAUGUGACCAUGGACUGUGUGGCAUACCUGAGCCAGCACCUCACCCCGGCUGAGCGCGUACGGGUGGCUCAGCUGCUGUCUACCACGGAGAGCCCGGCGUCCUCCUGAGCUACUCUGGCCAUCCCCAGGACCCUGGACCACGGGAAUGGUCGUUGGGCAGGCCUUCUCAGGACCCUGAGGCUUGUUGUGGGAAAGUCCACAAAUGGAUCCUGAGAAUUCUGCAAACAAAGCUGCUGACCAGUGUCUUCCUGUACAAAAGGCCCCCGUCGUCCUGCCCGGCAGCCACAGCCUCCCCUCACCUGGGGACUUCAGGGUUUGUCCCAGUGGAUAACUCCGCUGCAUCUCUGAGGUGAACUGAACCGGGUACCCCGAGUUCCUUGUGUUCUGCCUGGAAUGGGGGUCCAGUGUCUCGGGUCGCUGCCUGAUCUGCAGACACUUGCACAUUGGUUUGCACUCAGCACUUGUGCCUUCAGCAGAGUGAAUGGGCCAAAGAGAACACCCCAGACGACACCCAAGAAACCCUCUUUUUGUGACCAGGCAUAAGUCACUUAGUCACCCAAGCAGGGGCAAAAAAUGAUUUCCUUUUUUCAAUUGAGAAUAAAAUGACAUUUUGUUCUCCAAGUGGCCCGAGUGAGACAGGAAGACCGUCCUAUGGACAAGCUGUCUCCAAAGAUAAAGAGACAAAUGGUAGGAUGCUGGAGGAGUUGUCCUGCCUCAGAUCCCAGGUUCUGUAAGUCCUUCCUUCCCAAGUGGAGCAGAUGGGACCCCACACCAUGCCUCCCGCAGAUUGGCCACCCUUGGGUACCAAGUACCCUCCUCCUGCCUGAGUGCGGAGAGGCUGUCCCUAAACACAGUGAGUGUCACUGUCCUGCUUACCCCUACCCCGGGCCCCUAACCAAUACACUUCCUCACCUUGUGCCUUGAUAUGACAGUGGCAGGAGCCAACAGCUCCGGACCGAUGACCUGGGUCAGUGCUACGAGCACUGUGGAUGUUCUCAUGAGGACCUUAUCAGCACCUUCAGGACCUGCAGUGUCAGGGUCUGAAUGAGAUAUUCUGUGCCAGUGACAGAGGCUAGGGAAGUUGGCUGCCACCUGCUGUCCUUCUGGGCAGUGUCUGAAGAUAUGAAGCAUCACUCCAGGCUGAGGCCACAGCCAGCCAGGGAACAGUCUGCAAGCCAGGCUACUUGAGGUGCCCCAGGUUAAAACAGAAAGGUCCAGCCAUCAGCCAGAGACAGCCCUGGCAGCUGAGGGCCCUGCUGCUGCCAUUCUGGGGGAUGAAGGGUUCUUCUGGGCAAGGUCCUCUUAGUAUCAGAGGAGAGUCCAGACCGUGGCUAGCUGCUACCCAGACCAUCUGUGUGAGCUGAAGAGGCUGCCGGGAGAUCUACAAAAUAAACUAUUUUUUGAAGGAA